GCCUCCAAUUCGGACAGCAAAGUCUUCCGCAGCGAAGAAGUCUGGCUCUCUUGCAGCCUUCUUCGUAAAGGUAGACAGAAACAAAGCUCUAGCCCGCGCUAUCAAAAUCCAGCCAAAGGCACCAAAGACGCCAGAACGCCUCAACAUGUAGAACCCCCGCCAAUGUCACAAUCGACCACAGCGCUAGCCUCUUCAAUGACAACAACAACGACGGACUCUUCGAGUCCACCUGAGGAAGGAGACGACGUCAUCGACUUGGUGACGACGGACAAAGUGGGCUUGCCUGACCCGGUGCCUCAGACAGUCACUGUUGCUUCUGAGCCCCAGCCGUCAAAAUCAAGAGCAUCAUCAAUCCAGCAAUUGAAACACAUCAGGCGCCCAGACACUCAGAAAGGCACUAAGGGUAUCCUUUUCCAAGGCAAUCGGAGUUGGGAAACGGAACAUCUAAACAGACUGGGAUCUUCGACAAGACAAAUUAUUCUCGGGACCGAAACGCAACUGACACGCGAAAUCAUCGACGACCUCAUCUAUUUUCCCAAAGUUUGCCGUAACCUGUGGCACAUUGAAUUCCUACACUUGGACGACAGCUAUCAUCCCGAUAACCACGCCAGAGACUUGACGAACGACACUGUCGUGGGGCUGGCGGCGGCGUGCCCUAAUCUUCGUUCUGUCAAAUUGCGGGCUACCACCCAAUUGGGACACAGAUCUUUGAUCGCAUUCUGUCAACAUUGUCCAGGACUGGAGCACUUGCAGAUAACUGGCGAAGCUGCCAAUAGAACUCUCUUCGUGCACGAAGAAUUCUUUGAUGAGCUAGCGAGACAGCCCAGCUAG